AUGGCCACUGGGUGCGACCGACCAUCUGUGUGGUCAGCGAUUCGCCGAACUCUCACGAGAUCAAUGUUUGCAAAGGCGAUCCUUGACUUUGGCUGGCUAUUGUUCAUAGGUACCAAUCAGACAUGUCAUGUCCAGGCUCCAGGUGUAACAAACAAUGCUGCACGGUAUAUUGCUGGGCUUGAAGAGAGAAGCUAUCAUUCAUCAUGUAUAUAUCCUUCUUCGUACAUGGAUAUACUGCAUCCAAAACAAACAGGUCGACAAACGCAAGCAGACUUCUCUGAUAUACGAAACUCCUCCGAGUCUAGGACAAUACCUAAAUACGAACUCACAAUCCAUACGAAUAUACUGGUGAUGUGCGAAAAAGGCAUACUCAUCUGGACUUGCGGCUGCACUCAUCUCCAGGACCCUCGUCGCUGCUCUAAAGCUCGUUUCUAUGAUAAACCCUGCGACGGCUAUGCAUUCGCUUGGGCAUACCGCUCUCCUAUCUCGCUACAUACACCUCUUCGCUGUCCCUCUUGUAUCCGCAACGACGAAGCCACAGCACUCAAAAAGGUCAACGAAGCCCAUCUCGCCAAGUCCUCAGCCUACCCGACUCUUGUAUCCGUGGCCAAUGGCGAUGAUACCUAUAGAGUCAAGACAGGACGACCGAUGUACUCGCGCACAGCGUCAGGAACACAAAUGCUGAAAGUGCCUGAGGACUGGACGAGUGAGAUGAAUAGGUUACCUGGAAACGCGAAUGAGUAUUCUGCUUUCUUGAGUGGGAGGUUUGAUCCUCUGGUUAAAUUGCCAGAUACGCAUAUACCCGCAGCACCUCAAACUCCUCGUCCCUCAUCUGCAAACGCUACAAGGAUGGAACAAGGAGCGAGAGACAUGCUUAUUGCGGCGCCAAAAAUGCAACGAUCGCGCUCACAUGCGCCGCCGCAGUGUUGGCAGGGACCUGUGAUGUUGGACGAAACCGACUAUCCUUAUGUUGAGUUCAGAGGUGCUUUGUCGACGAGACCGGGUGCGAGUAGGAGACCUUCGUACAUAGGCAAGGUGCUGGAGAAGGGAUGGGCUCCUCCGAGUAGUGGUACAUUGCCGCCGCAGAGUGAUGUGGAUACUGCACCUCCUUCUCUGGUGCCGUCGCCGCAGCUGAAAGUUUCUCCGCCGCGGUUGAGGUUUACGCCUUCUAAAUGA